GGAAACUCAAGCAGGAGCAGCUCGUGCACCUGGAGCACGACUAGUUCCUCUGGCAGCAGGGAGCUGCUGGGAGAGAGGACAGAGGACAAGUGCCUGGCCAUGCUGAAGAUGCUGGUGAGUGAGGGAGAUCCUGAGGCUAAAUACACAGAACUGGAAACAAUUGGCAGAGGAGGUUUUGGCACGGUGUGCAUGGCAGUGGAGACUGCCACAGGAGAAGAGGUGGCCAUAAAGAAAAUUAGUCUCCUGGAAGAGAGCAACAGCGAGGUGUGCCUGAAUGAAAUCCAGAUCAUGCGUGGCAAUAAGAAUGCCAAUCUUGUGACCUUUGUAGACAGCUACCUGGUGGAUGAGGAACUCUGGCUGGUGAUGGAAUACAUGGAUGGAGGUUCUUUAUACGAUGUCAUCAGGGAGACUCAUAUGGCAGAAGGAGAGAUAGCAGCUGUCUCUCGGGAGUGCCUGCAAGGCCUGGAUUUCCUUCACUCCCAGCAAGUGAUCCACCGAGACAUCAAAAGCCACAACAUUCUCCUGGGCUUGGACGGCUCUGUCAAGUUGGCUGAUUUUGGCCUUUCUGCUCAGCUCACCGCUGAGCAGAGCAAACGAAGAUCACUUGUUGGGACUACUCACUGGAUGGCCCCAGAAAUUUUCACAAAGAAGCCCUACGGCCCCAAAGUGGACAUCUGGUCCUUUGGAAUUGUGGGGAUCGAGAUGGUGGAAGGAGCACCUCCUUACCUGAUGAACACCUCUAGCACGGUUCAGCAGCUGAUAAUCACCGAGGGCACCCCGAAGCUGCAGAAGCCCAGGCAACAGUCGGCUUGGCUGCGAGACUUUCUGUGCUGCUGCCUGGAGACGGACGAGGACAGGCGCUGGUCUGCCCAGGAACUUCUGCAGCAUCCGUUUGUAACCUCAGCCAAGCCGACCUCCAGCCUGACGCCUCUGAUCAUGGCAACGCAGCAGUUUAUGGCCGACAGGAGAUACUAGCCCUGCAAGAGGCCAUUGUUGUUUCAUGUAGUUUCUAGUUGAUAGCUCGUAGUUUCUAGUUUGUUUAGACUGAUAGUGUAAAUAAAUACGAUAAUACAUAAAACCUUCACUGUGCUGGAAGCCUCCCUUUGUUCUCACGCUGUGCAUAAGCUCUAAAUUUGCUUCUGAAUGGACAAGUGAUUCUUAAAUGUGGGAAAAGCCAUAUAUGGGGUUUGUGGCAUGGUCUGGAAGUGGGCAAAGGUCUUCUGACCUUGGUGCCUCCAGGCCACAACCUCUAGUGGAGAGACAGGCUGGCAGCAGUGACUAGAGGAGCAGAGUGGGGCAAAAUGGAGCAGAGCAGUGGUGGCAGUGCAGGGCAUGCUGCUGUGGCUGUGGUUGUGUUGCAGCUCUUGGGAAAGGUUGGGAGUGUCUGUGCUGCUGUGGGCAGAGGGGGAGGGAGCCGGGCUUCUCCACAGGCUCGGGCACAGGUGAGUGUCCAGUGGGAAGGCAAGUUCUGCCGCGGGAACUAAGGCCAACAUGUGGGAGUGAAGACUUGUGCAGUUUGGAUCUGCGUGAGCCACUGUGGAGGCCUGUGGGCCUGCUGGAGGACUUCUUGGGGCUAUGCCCUGGAAGAAUGUCUCCUAGACUUUAACCUUUCCUUUAUCAUGUCCCCUAGACUUGAACCUUUAACCUUUCCCAUGGACUCCGGUUUUUCAUUUCAAUGUACAUUGUUACAUUAUUAGUGUUAAAUAGUGAUCAUAUAGUGAUUAUUGAAAAUCAUUUACUGUGCGAUGUUUGGUGGCAAUUGGUGGUGUAUAUGACGGUCAUUUAAGUUUAAAUUUUAGUUGCACAAUAUUUCGCAGACUUUAUUUCCCAGUUUUCGUUUUCACUGCCGCUUGUCCCUGAACCCACUAUCCCUGAGAAAGACAGGACUGGAGAUGGAACCUGCUCAAGAGCACAGGCCAGCCACCAGCCAUCUGCCAUCUGCCCUCCUUUUCCGUGCCCAUGCCAGGAGGGCACUGGCCAUGCAUCCCCGGAUUCUACCCUAACCCACCUUGUGACAGCCCUCAACCCUGCUCCCGCUUCCCUGUUGUAUUAGCAGUCCCCGAUUUGUGUUGUAAUUCAUGUUUCAGAGAUUCCCGAUACAGGCGACCCUCAGAAGCCAGUCACCCCAGUUCUUUUAAUUAUUUAGGCAGGAGAGUCGGCACCCUCCAGCCAGCCGGAGGAGCGACUCUGGUGCCCCACAGGAGACCCGUGCCCGGCCACACCAUAAGGCCCUCACAGGCUGGUCCCCCCUAAAGCCUUUCCUUUUGGCUUUUGUGUUUGGGGGAGGGCACCAGGGGAAGGUGCCAUCGCCAGUCCUUUUGAUUUUCUGUUCUCUUUUGAUUUUUGUGUAAGUGAGGGGGAAUGAAUUGGCAGAGAGGUGCCUGGGACUCGGGCCCUUAGAAAUGAGGAGAAAUGAAAAUUGUAUUUACUUCUUGUUUAGUUAUUGUCUGCAAUAUGAACCCGCCUGUUUAUUUUAGUUCUCAAGUUUAGUUAAAGUCUAUUACGUAUUGUGUUGUUUUUAGUUAAGACAAGGUUAUUAUUUUGACUAUGAUUGUUACACCUUUCAUUUUCAAUAAAACCAAAAAGGGGGA